CAAUGACGCUUACGUUAUGAAAGACACAGCUCGACCGCCACGACUUGCUAAUCAACCACCAGCUCAGGGAGAUGAAAGAAAACGUUCACGGUCACAGCCCAUCUCUGUUUUCUAGACAAGAGGAUCUUCUUGACCGUAUCAACUACAAUGCCUAACAUGGCAGAACGGAUGUAGCCACACUAUCAAUACCAGGCAACAAUUGAUAUAUUAGUGAAUAUUCGGCGAUAUAUUUUAAGGUAUCCAGGACUGUUGAGCGUGUCUUUUGCCUUGUCUACCAUGGCGUCCUCCAACGAUACCUUGGAGAAUAAGCUGCACAGCGCCCAGAAUAACCUACUUUUCCUCCAGCAGGACCAUGCCAACACACUGAGAGGUCUACAUGCAGAGAUCCGCAGACUACAACAGCACUGCACAGACUUGGCAUAUGAGCUGACAGUGAGAAGUUCAGAUCCAACAGAAAACAGCGAGGCACGCUGCAGGGAGCUGCACAGUAAGUGUGAAGAACUGGAGGCACAACUUAAGGUGAAAGAGGAGGAGAAUAUCGAGCUGCUGAGGGACUUGGAGCAGAAGAAUGCCAUGAUUUCUGUCCUGGAGAACACCAUCAAAGAGCGGGAGAAGAAGUACCUGGAGGAGCUGAAGAUGAAGAGCCACAAGCUGGCUGUCCUGUCCGGGGAGCUGGAGCAGAGAGCCAGCACCAUCGCCUACCUCACCGCUCAGCUCCACGCCACCAAGAAGAAGCUCCUGGCAGGCAGCUCGUCAGAGGUCAGCCCCAACGUCAGCCCCGUGAGCUCCUACAAGCCCGCCCCUCCCCCGGCCAAGGACUGGCAGCCUGGCCCCGAGACGCCUCGGCGGCGCAUGAAGAAGAGCCUGUCUCAGCCCCUGCACUCGGAGCUAACCGAACUGUACCGGCUGGGUUCUGAUGGGAGGAGAACGGUCCUGCGGGAGGCUGUGGACGCUAUGCCCGACCCCACCCCUUUCCUGCAGGCCGCCCGAGACACGCCCGACCUCCAGAUGGUACGGCCUGCCGUCAUCCCCCCCAUCGCCUGCGACCGCUCGUCCAGCCCCCGCCACAGCCCGGCACGGGACCGUCAGCACCGGGCGCACGUGGGUGUGGCCCACCGCAUCCACCACAGCAGCCCUCCGUCGGCGCCGCCUCAGCCGGAGCUGGAAGUGCUGGCUGUGGACCAGGUCAAUGGGGACAAGGUGGUGAGGAAGCGCUCGGGGGCGGACAGAACAGUUUAACACACACACACAUUACCUACUGUAUAAUCAGCUGCUCUUUACGCGACACUGUGUCAGGCAAAGAAAGUAAAAUGGAAAACAGACAAAAAAAAGAACCAUUUAACAUCGUUCAUGGUCCAUCCAUUCACAAACUGUAAGAAACUACUGUAAGCAUGCCAAAUGUUUCAAACCCAUGUGACUUACACCUCCAUACGCAUUCUUAGACUUCCCUGCAUCUCCUUUCGCCUCCUAACAUAUCCCUGUAUACUCAUGAACCUCCUUAAACAUUCAUACACCUCCUUACCACUCCAUAAACCUCCUUAAACCUUACACAUCGUCACACCUUCCUACUUCUCCAUACCCCUCCUUACAGCUCCAUUUGGCUUCAUCUGUCUCUAUCUUUCAUUGUGCUUAUAAAAAUCUCUGCCAAACAUCUGCAUUACUGACUGUUUAUCUGGCAAAUCCAUACACAUAUUGUCAUAGUUCAUACUACAGUUAAGUUAUUCAUGCUUCAUCAGCAAUACAUAUCAGAAAGCUACCGUAUUAUUCAGCAGCUACCCACGUUUUAGGAGUUAACUUAUUAAACCCAUACUGAUGGAUUUUUUUUUCAUACUGUGUUGUUAUGACAUUACCACAGGAUAACAAUACAACAAGAUAGAAUCACUCACCAAAUAAUUGGUAAUUUGUUUAAUGGAGAAUUCUACAAUGUUUGAUAGUGAAAGGGUCCUCAUCAUGGAAAUUAAUGGACGUUAAGGGGAUUUGCAAGUAUGUUGUGUAUUUGUUUAUUUUUUUUUGCCAAAUCACCGUAAGUUACAUCAACCAAAUAUUUUUUGGAUACUUUUUUUAAACAACUUAUUUUUAGCAGUGGCUAAACAUUUGUCAUGGUGUUACUGGUUGCUUAUAGAGAACUAAACCGUCAAUAUUUCUUUUUUUAUUGGCCCAUAGACUACUUUCAGGGUGAGGAACCAUCUAACAUCAAGUUGUAGUUACCGAAGUCCUUCCGAAUGAGUCAAAUAGAGUGAAUGUUUGUAUGUGUACGUGAAAGCACAAUUGAGGUGUCAUUGUCAUUGUGGAUCUAUGCUAACGACGGACAUAGUCAUGGUGCCAUAAUCCACAUAAAACCUGGAGGCAAAAUGUGACUGAUUUUUUUCUUUUUUUUUAUCGCAUUGUAUCAUUCAUUUAUCGCAUAAUGCAUUUUAGAAUCACUUUGAAUAAGUUCUCUGUUUAGGCUUACCACGGCUCUGCAGUUUGAUACCCGGUAAAUCUCGUCAGGACAAGGUGACGUUUGAGUUGCUUUUCCUAACGCGAAGAGACGCUCUUGAUUUCCACUCUUACAAUUUCAGUCAAUAGUGAAAGUGAUAACUUUGGCAUUACUAAAAGAUUGUAGACACACAUCUUUGUACAACCUUUUUCAUUUAUAAUAUCUGUAAAUAUAUAAUAGAUUAUUUUAUUUAUUUUAAUGGUUGUUUUACUUACAUUUUAAAAGACACCUCAAGUAUGGAAACUAAUGGAAUUGUGGUAACAUAUUGUCAUGCUUCUCACUUCACACUGGUUCCUGAUUAAUAAGUGCAGUAUAUGCAGUACAAUAAAGCAGACCAUUUUGUUACUUAUUCUUACUGUGUUUUGGGAAGAAUUGAGCCGGUCAUAGGCUUUUACCACUUCAAAGAAGUCUUGGAGGCGAGGCUAGGAAGAACCUGGAGAGGAAACGUCUUUCAGGUUUCCAGUGGACAUAUGAAAAACUGGUGAUUGUGUGCAUUGUCAACAGUUUCUAUACUGGGUGGGGGUCAAAGAAGACCAACAUUGUCACUGUCAUAAGUUAUUAUCGAUUCUAAAGAUGGUAUUUGACAAUGCAUGUUCGUUUGGUCGAUGGCAAAACGGCAUGUAUUACUGCUAAUAUCGUGUGGCAUUGCUUCUUGCUGUGUCUAAAUGAAAACAACUCAGAUUGUUUCCGUAGCUAAAUGUCGAUAUGUUAUAAAACUAUGCUUAUGUUAAAAACU